CAAACCAAGUUCAACUAGGUGUUGCAUAUUUCAAUAAUCUCUCACCUAGAGGAAACAUAGAAACCCAGGUGCAGGGGAAUGAUCUCAACAGAUCAAAAGAGUUAUUUUCCAACUCUUAAAAGAACUUUUCUCCCAAUGUAUGCCAUGAUUAAUACACUUUCUUGGUAUCAGGGGAAUAGGUUCACAAGGAUCCAUUGAAAGACUCCAAUCUCUCAAGAAACAACACAAGUUUCCUUACAUGUUCAUCCAAGAACCAGGGUGAACUCUAGGAAAAUUGAAAAAUUCAAAAGAAAACUUGGGUACCCUCAUUAUUUCAACAAUUGUUCUAAUAAGAUAUGGAUUUUUUGGUCCAUAGGCUAUCAAAUGGAUAUUAUUGAAGACAAAGAGCAAUAUGUUCUAGUGCAUAUAAUCCAUCACCGUGAGCCAGUGGACUUUCAUCUCUCCAUUGUGUAUGCUAAAUAUGAUGAACGUCUUAGAGUUCCAUUAUAGAAUGAACUAAGAGAGAUUUUUACUAGAAUCACUGGCCCUUGGGGUGUAGUAGGGGAUUUCAAUGUUAUAGCUAGUCCAAAUGAAAAAAUUGGAGGAAAUCCAUUCAGAAUUGAAGAGAGCUUUGACUUUACCACUUGCUUGGAGGACUGUGAUUUACAAGAUAGAGAGUAUCUUGGAGCCAAGUUUAGUUGGAGUGACAAUAGAGAUCCUGCAAACACCAUAUGGAAAAGCCUUGAUAGGAUCAUUCACAACAGUCAUUGGUUUGACAAAUUCAGUGAAACCACUGUCACUCACCUUUCUAGAACUUGUUCUGACCAUGCACCUCUCUUAAUUAAAUGUAUUCCUGAUAAUUCUAACCAUAUUAAGUUUUUCAGGUUUCUCAAUAUUUGGACUGAACAUGUAGAUUAUUUGUCAGUUAUUCAGGAACCAUGGCCUGAAAGCUAGGAGGGUAACCCUUUACAAGACCAAGUUUUGCAAAAAAAACUCAAGUGUACUAGUAAAGCUCUGACUGCUUGGUCUAGAAUAGCAUUUGGAGAUUCCUAUAAAGAGCCCAAAAGAGUUGAAGUUCUCAUCAGAGACUUAGAAGAGGAGUCCAUUAACAAUAACACCAUAUGGAAAAGCCUUGAUAGGAUCAUUCACAACAGUCAUUGGUUUGACAAAUUCAGUGAAACCACUAUCACUCACCUUUCUAGAACUUGUUCUGACCAUGCACCUCUCUUAAUUAAAUGUAUUCCUGAUAAUUCUAACCAUAUUAAGUUUUUCAGGUUUCUCAAUAUUUGGACUGAACAUGUAGAUUAUUUGUCAGUUAUUCAGGAACCAUGGCCUGAAAGCUAGGAGGGUAACCCUUUACAAGACCAAGUUUUGCAAAAAAAACUCAAGUGUACUAGUAAAGCUCUGACUGCUUGGUCUAGAAUAGCAUUUGGAGAUUCCUAUAAAGAGCCCAAAAGAGUUGAAGUUCUCAUCAGAGACUUAGAAGAGGAGUCCAUUAACAAUAACACCCCUGAGUACAGGAUGAAUCUUUCCAAAGCUAAAGCUGAGUUCACUAGAUUUUUUAAAAUUCAGGAAAAAGUGUUAAGUCAAAAAGCAAGAGUGAAAUGGAUUGAACAAGGGGAGACCAACUUAGCCUUCUUUCAUAGUGUUAUCAAAGACAAGAGAAAGAGAUUAUCCAUUCAGAAAAUCAAAGAUCAAGAAGGCAAUUGGGUGGAAGCAACUUCACAGGUUGCUGAAGCUGCAGUCAAUCUCUUCACCAAUUUAUUCAAAGCUGAGGAUAUUGAGGAGGAUAGUUCUGUACUAAGUGUGAUGGAGAGAUGUGUCACCAAUAAAGAUAACAUAUCUCUUACCACAUUGCCCGAUCUCCAAGAAGUCAAAGAUACUGUCUUCUCAAUUGACCCUGACUGUGCUCCAAGACUAGAUGGUUUAAGUGGAAAAAUUAUAUCAAUCCACUUGGCUAGUUGCAGUAAUUUCUUUCUUCCAAGGUAUGAUCUAGGGUUGGAGACAGCUGAACAUCUUUUCUGCAAAGGACACUAUGCACAACUCAUUUGGAGUUUCUUUGCUGGAAGAAUGGGAAUCAUCAUCAAAAAUGCUAGCCUCAGAGAUAUAUUGCAAAGGUGCUGGAACUGCUCAACUAAAAGUCCUGUUGCUGCCUACAUUUUGAAGAUCAUCCCACCAAUCAAUAUGUGGGAACUCUGGAGAUCAAGAUGCAACUCUAAAUAUGAGGAUGAAAAACCUUCUACCGGAAGAUCUAUCUCCCUUAUUUCUUUCAAUAUCUGCUAGUUAGCAAAGAAAACAUUCCCUAGAAUUGAAAUUCCUGACUACUGGAACAAUCUACUCAAGAUUAUGGAAGCUAACUUAAUUGAUAAUACUAUCAUUCCUAUUAAAUGGA